CAGCAACGAAGCAUUUCUCACCUUUUUCUUGAGAUCCGGCAUGUGGCCCUUUGGGAAAGGGAAGGAGGAAGGAGGAAGAGACCAGAGUGAUGAAGUAGCAAGAAGGCCAGCGCCGAGCGCAGGAGCGGACCAAUGCCCAGUCGAUGACAAGACGCGGCAGGCCUGGCUCUCGCAGCACCGGAGCGAGAGGGGCGAAAGCAGCUCGUCGGCAGCCGCUGCCUCUGCUCGUGCCUUUCUCGCUUCGCAGAGGGGGCCUGACGAGUACGAGGACCCUGUGCCGCGAGGCAAGGCCGCCAACGUGGCGCCGUCGAAGCUCUCGACAGACCGUGUCAUCUCGUCCAUUCCUCGAUUCCUGAGCACCUCUGGGGAACAGCAGACACAGAGAGAGGAGCUGGAGGAGGGAUCCGGCAACUGGGUCUACCCCUCGCCUGCGCAAUUCUACAACGCAAUGGCGCGCAAGAACCACGAUCCAAAGGCAGAGGACAUGAACAUCGUCGUGCCGAUCCACAACGCCGUCAACGAGCGCGCAUGGAAGCAGAUUCUCGAGUGGGAGAGCAUCGCCGGGGGCUCAGAGGUGUGCGGGGGCCCCAAGCUCGUCAGCUUUCAGGGCAGACCCAAAGACAUAACCUGGAAGGCGUGGUUGAGGAGCCUAGUGGGAUACCAGCUCCCGUUUGACCGGCACGACUGGGAGGUGGAUCGGUGCGGCAAGCGAGUCAAGUACGUCAUUGACUUCUACUCGGGCAGGGGCAACAGCCUGUCCUUCUACCUUGACACACGGCCCUCGCCCGCAACGCUCGAGGGCUGCCUGCUGCGUGUUCAAAUGGCCUUCCGGAGAGCAUUUACGCGGGUAGAAAAGUAAUCCAAUUUCUUGUACUGUACAAGUUGUUCAUGAUCUCUCAGACAAGAUCUUGCCGGCGGCCUCGACGAUGAUGCGGUGUUCCACCUCGUGGAUCCUCCCCUCGAGGUCCUCGAGCGACUGC